AUGCCUUUCCAGUCUGCCAUUCUCUCCCAGGAGCCAGGGGCUCAGUCGACCGAAUCGAAUCACGAGCAUAGAGAAGAGAAAUAUAACGCAAACAAUGUCAACACCAUAGAGGGCUCAUCAAACCAAAAUAGCAUUAAUCCCAAGCUGGGGGUCAAAGGGCGACAGAUCCGCGGUCUUCGCUGGCUGGUAAUCUGUGUCGCUCUCUACAUCAGCUGUAUUCUCUAUGGUCUUGAUACCACUAUUGCAGCAGAUGUACAAGGAUCCGUUAUCGAACAGUUUGGUCAUGUCGAACAGUUGGUAUGGGUCGGAGCAGGGUUUCCUCUGGGCUCAGUAUGCGUCAUUCUUCCACUUGGAAACCUGUACAACUCUUUCAACAUCAAAUGGAUCUUCUUCACAACUGUGGUGCUUUUCGAGAUUGGUUCGGCUCUCUGUGGUGCCGCUACAACCAUGAGUGCUUUGAUUGUCGGUCGUGUUAUCGCCGGUGCCGGGGGUAGCGGCAUUUACCUUGGCUCUUUAAAUUACUUCUUGGCCAUGACAGCAUCAGAGGAACGUGGUUUGUACAUGGCACUCAUUGGAAGCUGCUGGGGCGUUGGCGCUAUCCUAGGCCCUGUCAUUGGUGGAGCAUUUGCAACAUCGUCAGCAACCUGGCGCUGGGCGUUCUACAUCAAUCUUGUCAUCUUUGCCGUUUCGGCUCCGGCAUAUAUCUUCUGCCUUCCCUCAAUCCGCCCUUCACGAGGCGUCAGUAUACGUGAACGGGUUGCCCAUCUUGACUUUGUCGGCUAUAUCCUUGGCGCUGGCAUCUGGGUCACUUUUCUCUUAGCACUCUCAAUGGCAGGUGGCCAAUGGGGCUGGCACGAUGGAAGGACUAUCGCGACUUUGGUGGUUUUGGGAGUCACUUUGGUCGCAUAUGUCCUCCAGCAGUACUUCGCCAUCUUCACCACCAAAGCUCACCGUGCAUUUCCUGUCCAUCUUUUACGUGAACGCACACAAGUUCUACUUUAUAUCGCGACCGCAGCCGGCAUCACAACACUCUACGUUGCAAUGUAUUUUAUUCCGGUGUAUUUCCAGUUCACUAGUGGCGAUAGUGCCCUAAAAGCAGCUGUUCGUUUGCUUCCUUUUGUCAUCGUUGCCAUUUCCGUAAAUCUUGCAUCUGGGUAUUUCCUAAGUGCCAUAAAGAUAUACAUGUUGAUCUACGUCAUUGGUGGCACAUUCUUGACGGUUGGCGGCGCACUCCUUACUGUUUAUCUCAACCCACGCACAUCAGCCGGAACUAUUUACGGCUUGUGUGUAGUCACAGCAAUCGGUAGUGGCUUGGCCAUGUUGUCUGGCUAUUCUAUCGCCACGCUUACCACUAAACCAGAGAACGCUGGGGCAGCGCUCAGCCUGCAGAACGUAUCGCAACUUGGAGGCCAAGUCAUCGCUCUUGCCGUUGCGGGGCAGAUUUACCAUUCAACGGCUGUCAAAAAUUUGCGAUCCGUCCUAUCCGACCAGAACUUCUCAGAACAAGAUAUCGAGAGCGCUGUUGCAGGUGUCCAGAGCAAAGUAUUAGGAAAAGCGCAGGGGGGGUUGCAACAGGAGGUUGUCUUAGCUCUAGUGUACGCAAUGCAGCGAGUAUUCGUUUUAAUUCCAGUAGCAGGAGGUGUUAUGAUCUUGGCAGCAUUAUGUAUGAAGCGACAGAAGCUUCUUGGGGUUACUACAGUAGCUGCUGUAUAA